GAAAUCCGUUGACAAAGAGGGAAGAAGCUUAACAAUAUUAUACCCUGAGGACAGACAUCCAGACUAUCUGUUAGAUCACAAAGGUAUACUUUCGUGGUAAACCAUGGUGUUUGCAGACCUGCUGGAGCAGGUUGGCAGCAUAGGCCGUUUCCAGUUGGCCCAUGUCAUGCUGCUUUCCAUGCCUAUUUUCAUGUUGGCAAGCCACAACCUGUUGCAGAACUUCGUAGCAGCGGUGCCUCCACACCACUGCACUGCCCAUGCCAACCUGUCAGAUCAUGCAAUGGGUCCAGCUGAGAUCCUGCUCCUUAGUGUGCCCCUGGAUAGACAGGGUAAACUGGAGCGCUGUAGGCGCUAUGUCGAACCAAAGUGGGACCUUUUGGGCCAGAACAGCUCUAUGGACCAGGAAAAAACAGACAUUGAGAUGGAGGGAUGUGUUGAUGGAUGGAGUUAUAACAAGACUGACAUGAGCUCAACUAUUAUUACAGAAUGGGAUUUGGUGUGUGAUUUGAGAUCUUUGAAGCAAAUGGGGCAAACUAUUUACAUGGGAGGGGUGCUUGUAGGUGCAAUAAUCUUUGGGGGACUUUCUGACAAGUUUGGCAGGCGUAUUUUGCUCCUGAUCUCUAACCUGCUUAUAGCAGUUUCAGGGACAUGCGCUGCCUUUGCAUCAACUUUCUCCCUCUUCUGUCUGUUCCGCUUCUUCUGUGGCAUGGCCUUGUCUGGAAUAAUCCUUAAUUCCUUUUCUCUCAUUGUGGAAUGGAUCCCCACUCGCAUACGGACUGUUACAGGUACAGCUACGGGCUACUGUUACACCACUGGGCAGCUGAUUCUGGCAGGGGUUGCUUACAGCAUUCGGGAUUGGCGGUGGCUCACUCUGGCUGUCUCUCUACCUUUCUAUGUUUUUUUCCUGUACUCUUGGUGGUUCUUGGAAUCUGCAAGAUGGCUAGUUCUUACCAAUAAGCCAGAGAAGGCAGUAAAAAACCUCAAAUAUGUAGCUCGGAUUAAUGGCCGGCGGGCUGAGGGUGACAAAAUUAACUUGGAGAUGCUACAGGAAUCCAUGAAGAAGGAGAUGUCUUGCUCAAAGGUCAAUCACAGUGCUGUGGAUCUUGUGCGGACACGCACCAUGAGAAUCAUUACUGUGUGUCUCAGUGCAGUGUGGUUCUCGACAAGUUUUUCCUACUAUGGCCUGUCGAUGGAUUUACAGAAAUUUGGCGUGGACAUAUAUUUGAUUCAGGUGAUCUUUGGUGCAGUAGACAUUCCAGCUAAAAUAAUCGUCACAGUAUCAAUGAGUUUUAUUGGACGUAGGCUGUCCCAGUGCGCAUCACUUAUACUGGCUGGUACUACCAUUCUCGUCAAUCUGCUUGUACCUUAUGAGCUGCAGACAUUGCGUACCUCCUUGGCAGUAUUGGGGAAAGGUUGUCUAGCUGCUGCCUUCAACUGCUGUUACCUCUACUCAGGAGAACUAUAUCCCACAGUGAUCCGGCAGAACGGCAUGGGAUGGGUGUCCAUGACGGCUCGUCUUGGGGCAAUGGUGGCUCCUUUGAUCCUUCUACUUUCUGAUGCAUAUGCCUGGCUGCCUGGUUUAAUUUAUGGAACAGCUCCUAUCGUAAGUGGAGUUUUUGCAUACUUCCUUCCGGAGACGCUAAAUACAGCACUUCCUGAUACUAUACAAGAUGCUGAGGAUAGAGGUUUCAAGUGGAGAAAGCCUAAAAACUCCACCAAGAGCGAGGAAGUAACCCUGAAUGACCAGAUCAGUAUACCACUAAAGGAGUGUGCAGCAGAAUACAAGAAAGUGAACAUAUAGACUGGGUUAACAGAGUAGAAAGUUACUUUUUUAAUGAAGGUUGUUUUUGUAAGUAGAAUGUAACCCAGGUGACUUUUUUUUUAGUUUAUUCACAGUAAAUGUAUUGCAAUCCAUUGAAUCCUCUAAUGUCAAGGAAUUGAUUAAAAUAGAUUAUUUUGAGUGCAAGUGUUUUAUAUAUGGAACUAUUCUUGUUUGUGGAUGUACAAUACAGGAAAUACCACACUUUAUAGAUUAAACAAUAUUAGUCUUUA